ACUGCAUCCAAAAUUAAAAUAUCUGUGUAUUAUUUAAAUAUAUUUCAUAUAUCAUGAACCAAAAAAUAUUACCAGACCUAGACACAUACCUCAAUAGUCCUCAUGUCCAAGAUUUGGACCGAGACCCAACCCAUCGGGUUUAAAAGGCCCAUACUGAGACCCAGAUCAAAUCUACCCCUCAGGUACUGGGUGGGGUCAAAAAGAAGGGAAUCCCCUCAAUUCCCUCUUGAUCACGCUUUCACCACUCUUCACCUACUCUCUCAUGGCUAUUUAUUUAUUUGUUAUUUUCCUCACCCUUAAAACUAACUAACUGCCCACCUCGAGUUUCUUCAAUUCACAAGAACCUACUCUUGUUGUGAAACGCCAAGAGAGUUUUGAUCUUUCAAACUAUGAUAUAUCUAUUUCCCCUACAAAUAAUAUAGAAAGGAAAAGGAAAGAGAGAAGAAAGGUUAUACAGGCUCAUGUGGCAGGUAUGAACAUCUUUUCCUUUGCCCCGCCUUUGAUGACCCAGAUUCUAGAGAGAGAAAUUGCACUCUGAAACCCCCUCUGAUCACCCAGAUUCCCUUAAUAAUUCUUAUUACUAACCACAAUUUUAUUUUAGAGAGAGAAAUUGCAUUUUUAGCUGCUCCUUUGCACGUUUAAUUCUUCAAUCUGCAAUUUUGUUUUCAUGAAGAGUUGAGAGGUGGAAAAAGAUGAACAGUGGGUACUUCCAAGAGCGUUUGAGAGCCCUUUUAGCUACUAAGCGCUGGGACUACUGUGUGUAUUGGAAACCCAGCAACGACUAGAGGAGUAUUGAAUGGGUGGGGUGUUGCUGCGGGGGAGCUACUGAAAAUGGACAUAGUGAGAAUGGUUUGGUGGGGUCUUUUGCAUCUAAAUUUUAUUGCAGGGAUACAGUUUUACCCCACCCACCCACCCAGUCCUGCCACCUUCUCUUGGCGUCGCCUACCUCCAUCCCUUUGGACUCUGCUGCUGUUGGGUAACCUAACCAACCAAUUUCAUUGAUCGAUUGAUUCGGGUCCACCUUAAUUCUUAUUCUGUCAAAAAAAAUCAGGGUUUAUGCACAGGUGCUUUUGUCCGGGCAAGCCAGAUGGAUUAAUAAUAAUACUCAACCCACCCACCUAACGGAUUGCAGUGAAGUGGGGGCUAAUACAAAUAAUAAUAAUACAAGGGCAUUCAUUCCGGUUUCUGGAGGAGGCCUUGUGGAGCUGUUUGCUUGUGAUAAUGUAUCAGAGGAUCGUGAGGUGAUUGAGUUUGUUAUGGAGGAGCAGUGGCCUGCAAAUUGGCCCCUUGAACACCCUCUCCAUCAAGAAUCUUGGCAGCAGCAGAGGCAGGAAGCGAUGAUGAUAUCUUCUUCUUCAUCUUCCGCCAUAAAGGAAAUACCUUUCCAUUUCUCAUCGGAAAACUUAGCCAGAAACCACCAAAGUUUCGAGCCCCAAUCCCCCACAGACCUACAGGAAGAUUAUGAAAGAAGAUACUACCACCGUCACCACCAAAUGCUCGGCAGCAGGCAAAAGGACUUCCAUCACCACCCCCCAUGGACUGGUGUCCCUUCUCCUUUGGAUUGGGGGUCGUAUGGCCAACAGCAGUUGAGGAACAACAACGUUCUCUUUGAUGGCUCUGCCGACUCCACGCUCUCAGAUGACAUGAUGAAGCCUCCAAUCUCCUUCCCCAAUCUUAAAUCGACAUCAUCCUCAUCACAGGUGACGUAGGAGGUGAGCAGAGGGGUGACUCUUAUCUCUGACUGCAGCGAGGAUGAUGACGAAUAAAAGGGAAAGCCUGGAAGGAAACAUCAGUCUAAGAACCUGGUGGCUGAGAGGAAGAGAAGGAAGAAGCUUAGUGAAAGGCUCUAUGCCCUCCGCUCCCUCGUGCCCAAGAUCACCAAGAUGGACAGGGCAUCCAUCUUGGGUGAUGCCAUAGAGUAUGUAAAGGAGCUGCAGAUGCUAGUGAAGGCGCUGCAGGAGGAGUUGGAUGAGACAACUGAGGAAGAGCAGCAACAGCAACAGCAAGGGAACGAAGGCGAUGGUGUUGCUCCUUCGGCUACGACCCCUUCCUCUGAUAGCAACAACCAUGGCGGCUUGAACGUCAUGGAGGAGCGGGUUGAGGAAUCCUCAUCCACUACUCAUCACCUGCUGCAUAUCCCCAACAUCAACAAUGACUCUUCCGAUGACAAGGCUCAACAGCAGCAAAUGGAGGUUCAGGUUGAGGUGAACCAAGUAAGCGCCCAUGAGUUCAACCUGAAGAUAUUUUGCAAGAAAAGCAGUGGUGGUUUUGCGAGGCUAAUGGAGGCCAUGGAUGCCUUGGGCCUCGAAGUAAUCCACGUUAGUAUCACUACUUACAUGAGCCUCGUUCUUAAUGUCUUCAAAGUCGAGGAUAACGAAGCUAUACAGGCAGAGCAUGUGAGGGAUUCACUUCUGGAGCUCACCUACAAUCCCAAUGGCUGGCCUUCCCCUGUACAUAAAUUGUAGCAUGUCCACUUACGCGAGCUUCCGCCACCAAUCGGCGCCGCCAACUUCUCCAACACCCAUAUUUGAUAUGGUUGUUUCAUAUAUAAUGCUUUGAAUAUUUUAGUCUAAGAUUUUUCUUCUUUCUUGAAAUUAACCAUAUCAAGCAGUUUUAAAUCACUCACUUUGUCUGAAUUAUGAACUUAAUUUGUUUAAACCAAUGGUUUAAAGA